AUGUCUAAAUAUACAGGAAAUCUUAUCAAAGAUUUAACCGAACUUUUAGAAAACUCGGACGAAUAUAAUAUUACUAUCCUCGCAGGUGAAAAUGAUAACUUGAAAAAGUUUCAAGCGCAUUCUUUCAUUCUGCGUGCACGUUCUCCGUAUUUUCGUCGUGCGUUAUCAAAAGUUUGGGCAAAGAAAGAAGGUGAAAUGAUGGUUUUUAAAAAACCAAAUAUUUCACCGCAAAUUUUUAAACUUAUACUCAAAUAUUUAUACACAAGCAUGAUAGAUCUCGAUGAAGAAAGUGGAGACGAUGUUUUAGGUUUACUCAUCGCUGCAGAUGAAUUAGAAAUUCACGAAUUAAUUUAUGACGCGCAAGACAAUUUAAUUAAACAAAAGUUUACGUGGAUUCAACAAAAUUUCGCGACGGUUAUGCAUACCGCUUCGCUGCACGAAUUCAAGAGAUUAAACGAGCAUUGUCUUAAAGUAAUUGACGAAGAACCAUCUACCAACCAACCUGUAUCAAAUUGGACGCUUGAAGGUUUCGCCGCUCUAGAAAAAACUCUUCAUCAGUGUAUUCCAUUGAUCCGAUACAGUGAUAUUUCGAGCAAUGAUUACUUCGAAAAAGUAAGGCCUUAUCGGAAAAUUAUUCCAAAGGAUAUAAAAACGGAGAUUUUGAGUUAUUAUCUUAAAAAUUCGACUCCGCAACCUAUUAAAGUUUUAUCUCCACGAUCAGGCUCGGUUGACUCUAAAAUUAUUGAUCCUAAGCAAGCUAAUUUAAUUUCAUCUUGGAUUGAUAAAAAGGAUAACAUCGAUUCUUUUAAUCAAUAUCACAAAUCGCAAUAUAAAUUCAAACUUCUUUAUCGCGGUAGCCGUGACGGUUUUGAAGCUACGAAAUUCCGGGAGCUUUGUGGAUCUCAAACAGGAACCGUGGUAGUUGUGAAAAUAAACCAAACUGGAAAAAUUAUUGGCGGCUAUAAUCCUAGCAAUUGGGGUGGAAAUAUCAGUAACAAUCUUAAUUUGGAUGAGAAUACCAUCAUCACUCGCCGUCGUUUUGAGAGGCGUAUUGCUAGGCGGACUUAUAUUAAUGCGCCUAAUGCAUUUAUAUUUUCUUUCGAUGACAAAAGUAAUCUUCUAAGUGCAAAAAUUUCACGCAAUGAUAUAGGCAAUCAAAUAGCAUACAACCUUUAUCAGGCUAAUCAUGGUCCCUAUUUUAAUGACGAUUUAUAUAUCAGCGACAAAUGUAAUCAAAAUAUGUCGAGUUGGUAUCAAUAUUCUUACUAUAGCACUCAGGGUUUAUGGGAUAAAACAGUUCGAGCUACUUUCGACUUACCAGAUCAGCAUACUUUUAAAGUAGAUGAAUAUGAAGUAUUUCAAAUUUCAAAAAAAAGAUUAGGUGAAGUAAAAGAACAAUUUUAG